AUGGCUGAAACAGUCUCCAGCCACCGACGUGCAACGGUGGACCCCAACACCGGCUUCUGUCCCCAAAACAAAACAUUCCAUUCUCUCCGACCACACGUCCCUCUCCCGCCACCUUCUCAGCCUCUUUCCCUCCCUAGUUAUGCCCUCUCCCUCCUCCGCACCUCCUCCUCCUCUGGCGAGACCGCUUUCAUCGUCGAUGCCACUAACGAUCAAACCCUUUCUUUCUCCCAAUUCAUCCCUCAAAUCCAUUCCCUAGCUUAUUCCCUGAAGAAAAACUUUUCACUCUCGCCAAACGACGUCGCCUUUAUCCUCUCUCCUCCUUCGUUUCACGUCCCUUUGCUUUACUUCGCUCUAAUGGCGUUGGGAAUCGUUGUCUCUCCCUCCAAUCCGCUCGCUUCCGAGUCGGAAAUCGCUCACCAGGUUCGAAUCAGUAAACCCGUUAUUGCCUUCGGUACCUCGAAGACGUCUUCCAAGCUUCCAUCUCUCAAACACGGAACAGUCCUCCUCGACUCGCCCGAGUUCCAGUCUUUCUUAAUUCAACCAAACGUCAACGCCGUCAUCUUCGAUAGUGUCGAGGUGAAUCAACACGACACGGCGGCGAUUCUUUAUUCUUCCGGGACAACCGGGCGAGUUAAAGGCGUGAUGCUGAGUCACCUCAACAUAAUCGCGUUGAUUGCCGGGUAUUAUCACAUACCGUACACCCUCCAGGAAGCGGCGGACGAACCGCACCCGGUAUCGUUUUUCACUGUGCCUUUCUUCCACGUUUUCGGGUUCUUUAUGUUGGUGAGGGCGUUUGCGUUGGGAGAAACAUUGGUUUUCUCGGAGAGAUUUGACUUUGAGGGAAUGUUGAGAGCCAUUGAGAAGUACAAAGUAACUUUUAUGCCGGUCUCGCCGCCGCUUGUGGUGGCGUUUGUUAAAUUGGAAUUGACUAAGAAGUAUGACCUCAGCUCGCUUUUGCUGCUCGGCUCCGGUGGUGCUCCGCUUGGCAAGGAGGUCACUGAGCGGUUCAAGGAGAAAUUCCCCACCGUUGAACUUAUUCAAGGAUAUGGGUUGACUGAGACCGCCGGUGGAGCAACGAGGGUGAUAGGGCCCGAGGAGGCAGCUCGGCAUGGUUCGGUUGGCCGCCUUGGUGAAAAUAUGGAAGCCAAGAUAGUUGAUCCUGAAACUGGUGAGGCACUGCCUCCUGAGCAGAGGGGGGAGCUUUGGUUAAGAGGACCAACAGUUAUGAAGGGGUAUGUAGGUGAUGAGAGGGCAACUGCACAAACCUUGGAUUCGGAAGGCUGGUUAAGAACUGGUGACAUUUGUUAUUUCGAUUCGGAGGGUUUUCUCUACAUUGUCGAUAGAUUGAAGGAAUUGAUCAAAUACAAAGCAUAUCAGGUCCCCCCAGCUGAAUUGGAACAUUUGCUUCUUUCCCAUCCUGAAAUUGCCGAUGCUGCUGUGAUUCCGUACCCGGACGAAGAAGCAGGGCAGAUUCCCAUGGCGUACGUAGUGAGGAACCCUGGAAGAAGCAUCACAAAGGCACAAGUCAUAGAUUUCAUUUCAAAACAGGUGGCGCCAUACAAGAAGAUCCGGCGAGUUGCUUUUGUAAAUUCAAUACCAAAAUCUCCGGCAGGGAAGAUCUUGAGGAGGGAACUGGUUAAUCAAUCUCUUUCUGCUGCAAAAUCUAAAUUAUGA